AUGUCGACUUCAAUAUCAUUAUCAACUAUUCAAACAAAUCAUAUAAAUUCAUUAUGUAAAGUUUGUUCAAAUGCUUUAGUUUUAGUUGAUACAAUCACAUUGGAAUGGUUUCGUGUAACAAACAUAAUCGGACAUUUAUUUUGUUCAAGAAAUCGUCCAACUAUAAAAAACAUUAAUGACCAGAAAUUAUUCGAAAAUAAUAAACAUUCAAAUCUAGUUAUCAUUCUGAAUCAAUCAAUACCAAUAUCUCGUUUGAAUGAUAUAUGUACGGAAGAAAAUUUCGAUUCAAUUACAUUAUUAACUAGUUCACCAUCAAUAAUUGAUGAUGAUAAAAAUGAAUUAGAAGAAAACCUAUAUGAAAUCUUACAAAGAAAAUCUUUACAAUUUCCAUUUAUUUCCAUAACGGAUUCUUUCUUUUUAAUACCAACACUUAUUUCAUAUCGAUUGCCAAAUAUUGAAACUGUAACUUCACUUACUAAUGAAAAAAUUAAAAUGACAUCAUUAGAUAUUAUACUUCAAAGAGAUGAAAUAAAAACAAUUCGAAUACAUGCUGAAAUGUUAAAUAGUUUAAUGUUAAGUAUAAAUGCACGUGAAGAUAUUUUUGUACUUGGUCCAUUGAGUCAUAUUAUUGCUCGUGAAUAUACACAAAUGACAAAUAUCAAACAGAGACGACGAUCUGGUGAAAAUAAAAUAGCUUUACUAUUAAUUGAUCGUCAUUUAGAUUUAGCAACACCAUCAUCUCAUCAACAAGAUACAUUACUUGCACAAAUUAUUAAUAUUUUACCUAAUAUACGUAUAAAAAGUCCUGAUAAUUAUCAUCAACGUACGAUUGAUAUCAAAAUUGAUACUCGAGCAUUGUUAAAAAGUUCAUCAUCGAAAUUUGAGAAUGAUUUUAAUUCAUAUUUAUUUGCUGAUAUGAAACGACGAGUAGAAAAUGAAGAUACUAAAUCAGUAUUUGAUAAUAUUAUGUAUUCAAAAUCGAAAAUUAUAAAUGUUAAAUCUAUAGGACAAAAAAUUCGAAUCUUUCAAUAA